AGGAACCUAGUUUGCGGGUUUGCGACGAACCCAGGUCUUGGGUUUGCGACGUCUGUGACUUAAAUUUAUCAAUUGUUGACUCAUGCAUGUCACUAAAACUAGACUUCUUGGAGCUGGAAAUUAAGCACACGGAAGAACAUCUUUUGUCUGUUUGUUAAAGGUGAUCACCGCCGUCUGUUGAAGUUAACAUGACUUUACCCAAUUCAAAAAAGUUAGGUAUCACAGAUGAACUUCAGAAAUUGGUAAAUGAAUUGCCUUUUGAAGUUAUUAAGCAUCAAAGAGACGAGGAUACGAAGGCAUUGGCUGCUUCUUUAAAAUCUGAUAUUCCUGCCAUGGCCAAAAGGCCGACUGCUCCGGCGGCUCCACAGCUGGAUAAUAGCAUUGCAAACGAACGUCGCGAACCCAAGACCUGGGCCAAAAGGCCGACGGCUUCAGCGGCUCCACAGCUGGAUAAUAGCAUUGCAAAUGGACGUUGCGAACCCAAGACUUGGGUUUGUCGCGAACCGGCGAGCUGGGUUCCUCACGAACCCAGGCUCUUGGGUUCACUUGGAGGUAAAAGAAAAAAAAAAGGCUGGAGGAAGGAGAAGCCGAGGAAGAAGAUGGGGUGGGAUCCUGCAAAUAAUCGCCAUGUGAGAGAUGCAUUCUUAAAUUGUAUGAAACAUAGAUGGAGUGAUAAUCUUAGGGAUGAGAAGUUGAAAUGGGACAAGAACUCAGCCUAUGUCCCAUGUUGGAUCCCAACUCAUAUAUGGCCUCAUCUACUGACAUAUUGGGACUCUGAUGAAUAUAAGAGGCUCAAUGCGAGGGGAGCAAAGAAUAGGAGCUCUGGGGAAAGGGUGACUCACACCACUGGGUCCAUUAGCGUUGGCAUCCAUGAGAUGUGGAUGGAUACUUAUGUUGUGGAGUGCACAGAGAGUCAUGGCUCUGAUGCUAGUUCGUGGCCACGCAUGGAUAAUGAGGCAGGGGUUAAGGCUGUUGGAGGUUGCUCAUCUAAUUUCAUGCUAGGGAUUGGCUCCCAAGUAAAUCCAAAGAUGGCAAAAGAUCAUGAGGAGUUAGAAAGACAACGCCAACAAAUUACUCUGAUGCAACAGCAGCUGGCCAAUAUAACAAAAGCUCAGAAUAAUAUGAGCCAGACAAUCGCACAGUCUGUUGCAGCAACUCUAGCCGCUCAUGGCAUCUCCCCUCAAGCAGGUCAUCAUCCAGUUGACCCACCACAACCGUCACAUGGUCCUGGCUCAGGUCUCCGCACGAAUUCAGCUUUCACCUACUCCACUGAUUCUACACAAACCUCUCCUAUGGUCCCUGAAUAUUAGCAGCAGCGGUAGUUUCCGCCUCAAGAUGAUGAUGCAUACCAUCCUGCUUUUGAUCCAAACUAUCAGGGUCUUUAGUUUUUUUAUUUUUCUGCUACGCACAUUAUCUGCACACUUUGCAUGGUUGGCUUUAUUUCUAUUAGUACUUUAAACUGUUAGCUUUAGCUUUUUAUUACGAUAUAUUUUCUUAUUGCUUGACCUCCAGUGAUCAUACUUCAAAAGGUAUGAAGUUUUGGAUUGCUUUGGAGGAUAAUUAUUAUUAACUAAAUAUCAUGGGUAUUU